CGCGUUUUCCCCCUUUGCCUCCCAUUUCCCUCGUCGGAGUCGGCUUCUCUCUCUUCGUCGUCUUCAUCGUAGUCUUGGCUCCCAGCUUCACUGACAUAGACCCACACAUAGCUUCAUGCUUUCAUGAGCUAAGGACUGUAGUGUAAAGGGGGAAAGCACAGAGGGAAAAGCAAAGAUGAGUACAGUGGACAAGAUGCUGAUAAAGGGGAUCCGGAGCUUCGACCCCGAGAACAAGAACGUCAUCACUUUCUUCAAGCCCUUGACCCUCAUCGUCGGCCCCAACGGCGCCGGGAAAACAACAAUAAUUGAGUGUUUGAAGCUCUCUUGCACCGGGGAGUUGCCCCCCAAUGCGAGGUCUGGUCAUAGUUUCAUUCAUGAUCCGAAGGUAGCUGGGGAGACGGAGACAAAGGGACAAAUUAAACUACGGUUCAAGACAGCUGCCUGUAAGGAUGUGGUUUGCAUUAGGUCCUUUCAGUUGACUCAGAAGGCAUCGAAGAUGGAGUUCAAGGCAAUUGAAAGUGUACUUCAAACAAUUAAUCCUCAUACGGGAGAGAAAGUUUGCCUUAGCUAUCGUUGUGCUGACAUGGACCGGGAAAUUCCAGCUUUAAUGGGCGUUUCAAAGGCUAUUCUGGAAAAUGUUAUAUUUGUCCAUCAAGAUGAAGCUAACUGGCCAUUGCAGGAUCCUUCUACAUUGAAGAAGAAAUUUGAUGAUAUCUUCUCUGCAACUAGAUACACAAAAGCCUUGGAAGCCAUAAAGAAAUUACACAAAGAUCAGGCUCAAGAGAUAAAGACCUACAAGUUGAAGUUAGAGAACCUUCAGACACUUAAAGAUGCUGCCUAUAAGCUGCGAGAGAGCAUUUCUCAGGACCAGGAAAAAACAGAAUCUCUGAAGAGUCAAUUGCAAGAGCUGGAAGCAAGUAUCCAAAAUGUCGAUACCAGAAUCCAUCAUACUGAAGUGACUCUUAAAGACUUGAGGAAAAUGCAAGAGCAGAUUGCAACUAAGACUGCUGAAAGAGGAACUUUAUUUAAGGAGCAGCAGAAACAAUAUGCAGCUCUUGCGGAGGAGAAUGAGGAUACUGAUGAGGAACUGAUGGAAUGGAAGAGUAAGUUUGAUCAGAAAAUCGCUCUCUUAGAAUCAAAGAUUAGCAAGUUGGAGAGGGAGAUGAAUGACACAGAGACCAAGAGUUCUUUCCUUAAGCGGUCCAUAAAUGAAUAUAUAUGGGAAAUAAGCAGGCUACAAACUGAAGCUGAAGCUCAUAACUCUUUGAAGAAUGAAAGGGAUGCUAUGAUUCAGAAGCUCUUUUCUCGGCAUAAUUUGGGUUCACUUCCGGCUGCUCCCUUCAGCAAUGAGGUUGUAUUGAGCCUUACAAAUCGAGUAAAGUCACGGUUGUUGGAUAUUGAGCAGGAUUUGCAAGAUAAAAAGAGGUCAAAUGAAGUAGAGCACAAGACUGCAUGGGAUCAGUAUAUGGAUUUGAAUGAUCUUUGGAAAAAUAUGGAUGCACAAAGGCAGGCCAAAGCAGAGAUCAAGGUUGGCAUAUUGAGGCGCAUUCAAGAGAAGGAAAUUGAACGCGAUACCUUUGAGCUCCAAAUUUCUAACGUUGAUCUCUCCCACAUUGAUGAAAGGGAAAAGAGCAUGCGAAUUGAGGUUGAGAGGAAGACGAACCAGCUUGCUGAAAGAGAAUUUGAAUCUGUCAUACGACAAAAGCAAAGCGAGCUAUACAGCCUCGAGCAAAAUAUUAAGGCUCUCAAUCGAGAGAAAGACAUCAUGGCAGGUGAUUCUGAGGACAGAGUAAAGCUGGCUAUUAAGAAGGCAGAGCUAGAAAAUCACAAGAAGAAGCAUAGAAAGAUAAUUGAUGACUUCAAGGACAAAAUCAGAAAAGUGCUGAAAGGGAGGCUUCCUUUUGACAAGGAUAUGAAAAAGGAAAUUACUCAGGCGUUGAGGGCUCUUAAUCAAGAAUUUGAUGAUUUGAGCUCAAAAUCUCGUGAAGCUGAGAAGGAAGUGAAUGUGUUGCAGAUGAAAAUUCAGGAAGUUACUGAUAACUUGUCCAAACAUCGGAAGGAUUUGGAAUCAAAAAAGAGGUACAUUGAAUCCAAACUCCAAGUCCUGGAGCUGCAGUCUUCCACCAUUGACACUUAUCAUCAAGCAGUAGAGAAUGCUAAGCAAAAAAGGGAUGUCCAGAAAAGUAAAUAUAACAUCGCAGAUGGAAUGCGCCAAAUGUUUGAUCCGUUUGAACGAGUAGCCCGCGCUAAUCAUAUUUGUCCCUGCUGUGAGCGUCCUUUCUCAUCUGAGGAGGAAGAUGCAUUCGUUAAGAAGCAAAGAGUGAAGGCUGCUAGUUCUGCUGAACGCAUGAAAAUGUUGGCAGUGGAAUCCUCGGAGGCAGAAUCUCAAUUUCACCAGUUAGAUAAGCUUCGUACUACAUACGAUGAAUGUGUGAAGAUAGAGAAGGAGACGAUUCCUCAUGCUGAAAGAAGCUUACGUGAUCUUAAGGAAGAGCUGGAUCAGAAAUCUGCGGCUCUUGAUGAUGUAUUGGUUAUUCUUGCUGAGAUACAGACCCAAAAAGACUCGGUUGAGGCAUUGGUACAACCUGUUGAUACUGCAGACAGACUUUUCCAAGAAACUCAGACUUUGCAGAAGCAAGUUGAUGAUUUGGAGUACAAGCUUGAUUUUCGUGGGCAAGGUGUCAGAACUAUGGAAGAAAUUCAAUCUGAGCUGAAUACCUUGCAGGGCGUAAAGGACAGUUUGCACAAUGAAUUGGAGAAACUGAGGGAAGAGCAAAGGUACAUGGAGAAUGAUUUAUCAAACAUUCAAAUUCGCUGGCACACGCUACGGGAGGAAAAGGUAAAAGCAGCUAAUACACUGCGGGAUGUCAAAAAGGUGGAGGAAGAGCUGGAUCGUUUAGCUGAGGAGAAGAGUCAGCUUGAUCUCGAUGAGAAGCACUUGACAGAGGAUAUUGGCCAUUUAGUCAAAGAGAAGGAUAGACUACUGGGCGUAUACAAUGAUUUAAAGGCCAAACUUGACCAUGAGUAUGAAGAACAGAUGGAGCAGAAAAGAAACUACCAGCAGGAAGUUGAUGCAGUACACAAAAUAAAUUCCAAAAUUAAGGAGUACCAUGAUCUAAAGAAAGGAGAGAGGCUGAAAGAAUUACAAGAAAAACAAUCCACAUCAGAGUCUCAACUUCAGAGCUGUGAUACGAGGAAGCAGGAGAUUUUGGAGGAACUAAACAAGAGUAAGGACCUUAUGAGGAAUCAAGAUCAACUGAGACGAAAUAUUGAGGACAAUUUGAACUACAGGAAGACAAAAGCUGAAGUAGAUGAGCUCACCUUUGAAAUAGAAUCCUUGGAGGACAGAAUACUCAAGACUGGUGGAAUUUCUACCUUUGAAGCAGAACUUGCGAAACUUUUACAGGAAAGAGAGAGGCUUCUCUCUGAGGUUAACAGGUCUCAUGGAACAAUGUCUGUCUAUCAAAGCAACAUUUCGAAGAACAAAUUAGAUCUCAAGCAGGCUCAAUAUAAGGAUAUCGACAAGCGGUAUUUUGACCAGCUAAUCCAACUUAAGACCACUGAGAUGGCAAAUAAGGACUUGGACAGAUACUACAAUGCACUAGACAAGGCGCUCAUGCGCUUCCACACGAUGAAGAUGGAAGAAAUCAAUAAAAUCAUAAGAGAGCUGUGGCAGCAAACUUAUAGAGGACAAGACAUAGACUACAUCAGAAUCCAUUCAGACUCUGAAGGUGCUGGGACUCGUUCAUACAGUUACAAGGUUCUCAUGCAGACUGGUGAUACAGAGCUAGAAAUGAGAGGACGGUGUAGUGCCGGUCAGAAGGUUCUAGCUUCUCUUAUUAUACGCUUGGCUUUGGCCGAGACCUUUUGCCUUAAUUGUGGAAUACUAGCGCUGGAUGAACCAACGACAAACUUGGAUGGUCCCAAUGCUGAAAGUCUUGCUGGAGCUCUUCUGAGAAUUAUGGAGGACAGAAAAGGACAGGAGAAUUUUCAGCUGAUAGUCAUAACUCACGAUGAGCGUUUUGCUCAACUUAUCGGUCAGAGACAGCACGCAGAAAAAUAUUAUCGGGUCUCCAAGGAUGAUCAUCAGCAUAGCAUAAUCGAAGCGCAGGAGAUAUUCGACUGAGGUUUCCGGGAUCAGGAGGAGAAAAGCCCAGGGUUUUUGUAUGGGAUUGGCAGAGUUUCCGUAGGUCAGUAUAACCUGUUGUAUGUAAGGGAUGCGUAUGUAACUCGCAGAAUUAAACAAAUAUCUAUAAAUAUAUUUCGGUUAGUGCGAGUUAGCUUUAUUAAAACUUCAAAAUUGUUCACAGUUAAAUGUAAAUAUAAAGUCCAAAAGCAAAAUGGAGUUUGGAAGACCAGUCACCGAUGGUUAAAUCCAUCUAUAAAACCGAAGGGGACAUCAAACAGGCUGAGGUAUAGGCUCCUAGGUGUGAUGGUACAUAUGUGAUUAAGCGACUCUAGUUCCUACGGAUUGAGCAUUGAUAUAAAAUGAGCAGACUAUGUGUCC